AUGGCUACUAAUAUCCAUCUUACUUCAGAUGAUCCAUUUGAUAUUCUCGAUGAUGACGAACAGAAUGUCGAUUUAAAUGAAGAUCAAGAAAGUAUUCUAGAAGAAUAUAAUCACGAUAUUGAUUUCGAUUAUACAAAUGCAAAUCUAGAUGAAGAGGAAAUAAUCAUAGACAAAAUGAAUCCUCCAGAUCAACUUGUUCAACAACGAGUACUAUCACAAAAAUCUAGUCAAUUAUUAACAGACACUGAACACGAUUCUACAAGAAACAACUUAAAACGUUCACAAAGCACAUUAUCAACACUAGAUAUAGUCUGGAAAAAAAUUCGUAAUUGGGAUGAUCGUAAAAUUCAACAUGAAGAUAUAAUCGACUAUUGGGAGCGAUUAAAUGGUGUGUUCGAUCAUACGAUGACUCAUCAUAUAUUGAACACGACAACAACAACAAUGUCAAUAGAAGAUCUACGUGAUUUAGCUGUUUUAAAAAAUAACAUAGCAAAAAUAAAUUUAAGUAAGAAACUCUGGAUAGUCUAUUUAAAAUCAGGUACAGGUCAAUGGGAAACAUGUGAAAGUAAAAAUACAACUGUAAAUCGACAAAUUUGGUCAACGGUCAUUACAAGUAUGAUACCAUCCAAAUUGAGUACCAUGAAUAUGAUGAAUCAGACAAUAAAUGAACACAAAAUUUGUGAAAUGGCCAUUGAUGAACAUUUACAAGAAUUAGAUGAACAAUUAGAACAAUAUCAUGCAGAUUAUAUUGAAAAGAAAAAUAGUUUGAUUGGUUUUUCAGAUCAAAUAGAAAAUGUCAUUCAAACAUUUGUCGAACAACAUAGUAUAGUACCACUUGAAAUGAGAUUAAACAGUAAAUUAAUUGUCUAUGAAUGUGACUAUGAGAAUCGAUUACUCGAACGUAAAUAUGUACAACUCAAACCAACAGACACUCAAAUACAAAUUCAGAAACAUCUCUCCGAUUUAAAAGAUACACAUCUAAAAUCAAAAUAUGAUUGGAUUGAAUUGAAACAACGUGUUCUUUGCAAUAAGCCAACACAAAUGAUUCAUAAUAAAGCAUUAACUAUGGUAAUACCAUGGACAUUUGAAUCAACACAAGAUCAUCGAAUUCAUCAACAACAGAUCGAUGAAGGAGACAAAGAAUUACAAGCAAAAAUGACUGAUUUAAUGGUUCAAUCAAUUAUAGAAGCUGAACGUAAAAUAUAUGAAAAUGAAGAAUUACUUAAUAAGGAACUGCGACGAGUCUCUGUCUAUAAUCAAGCGACAAAUCAAGGAUUAAUAACAGAAUCAAUGUUAGAUAUAAUCAAUCAACGUUUCAAUAUGCUCGAUAAAAAAUAUGAUUCUAUGUCAAAGUUUAAAAUUAAUUAUUAUUUUCGUAAUCAUUACGAUAUUACUACAGAUACGACAAUAUUAUCGAACAUUCGUUUUUCACCAACAAUGAUUAUGGCAAGUCCAUCACAUCUAUUUACUGAUCAACAAUUGAAAUUAUUAAAUCGUGGACCCACCUAUGCUCCACCCUAUCAGACAUAUGUAGUAACGCCAUCGUUCGAUGAUGGAUCAUCAUCUAUAAAUACAAUGAUUCAUCAACAAUACAAAAUAUUACAACAUGAUUUAAAUAUUCUAUAUGCAAAACAUAAUGUUAAUACGGCAAAAUCCAUGUUUAUUAGUAAAGAAAUUAAAGAAAUCUAUACAUCUACUUUUUCUUUACCAUUACCAAUUGGUCUUUAUCAACGUGCUCUCUAUGAACAUAAUUUGAUACAAACAAUACAAGAACAAUUAAAACACUAUGAUCUCAUUUUACGACGGACAGCUGAUCAAAGAAAUGUUUUUUAUCUUGAUGAUAGAAGUCAUUUUGAACAAAAAUCUCAUGAAUAUAUGGAAAAAACAAAUAUAUUUCAAUUAUGUGAACUUAUAGAUAAACAAAAUAUACAAUCACAACAGGAAUAUUUAACAAAAACUAUUAACUCGUUGAAUCAAGAUUUGGAAAUGAUUGUCGGUGAUAGAAAGAAAUUUAAAGACAUAUUAAAUAGAAUCUGUGGAAAAAUUGAACAAACUAACUUGCCUUAUUUAUAUUUUUUACCAGAUAUUUCUCAAAGAGAAAAUAAUCUAUUAUUACAACCUGUUAUUGCUUCACAGAAGAGUGCAACAUCACGACUGGCAUCCUAUCUAGAGCAAUCAUUACGACCUAUGAUUCAAGCGUUUAUAAGUUCGAAUAUCUUUCGAAAUGGUACUGAUUUUAUUCAAAAAUUAAAUCAAUAUUUCGAAGACGACAAUGGAAAACGUCUUCGUCCAACAACGAAGUUUGUCACAAUCAAAAUUCUUAAUUUUCCUCAUAUGGUAUCUCAUGAUGUUAUGUUAAAUGCAUUUCAAGAUUUUUUAAGAGAUUAUAUAAUCGUACCAGAGAUAGAAAAUUUAUCGCUUGGUAAAAUUUUUCGUUUAACUUCCGUAUUUCUACAUAACAAUCGAUUUUAUUACAAUAAUAAAAUCUAUCGUUUUGUUAAAGGCGGUCCAAUAAGUUUACCGUUCAUGGAAACUCUAACAAAUAUGUAUCUAUUUCAAUGUUUUAAAUCAUUAGCGAAAACAACUGUUCUAAAAAAUGAAUUCUAUGGUCGUUAUAAAGAUCAAAUUAUUUUUACUUGGACUGGACAAUUUGAUCAAUUAAAUUCUAUUCUAAAAACGAUGCGUACUGAAAAUAUAAACUUAAAAUUUGAUAUCAACAUAGCUUCCAAUGUUCGAUUCUUAAAUGCGUAUAUUGAAAAUCAACAUGGCAUAUUGUAUAGUCGUGUUGAUCACAAUUCCGCAAUGCAACCCUAUACUUUACCUUAUGUCAUUGGUCAUUCCAAGGUAUCAUAUAGUCAUUGGUUUCGAUUGGCUCUAAUUCGAGCUGUUCGUUAUUGCACAUCGGUGAUAGAUUUUAAUCAAGAACGUGUUUAUCUAGAAGUAACAUGGUUAGCUAAUGGUUAUUCAUUGAAAUUUAUUGAAAAACGAAUCAAUCAUUUUUAUUCUCAUUUUGAUGCUGUUUCUUUGCGUACAUGUUUGAAUGAAAAUGUUUACAAGAAACUUCGUCAUCGAUUAUUUAAUUUUAUUCAUGAACAACGAAGUUAUUUGAAGAAUAACGAAGAAUUGGACAAGAAGAAUGAACGUGUUCAAUUGACUUAUUUAUAUGAAUUUGGUCCAAAACGUCAAUUUAAUCAACGAUUACAAGAAGUUUUAUCCAGAAAUUUAAAAACAACUAAUAAUACAUCAUCAAAAACUAAUCCAAUAAAAAUAAAAAUGAUGACAAAACAUCAACAUUCAUUAAAUGCAUUAUUCAGCGAGCAAAAUCCAUUGCAUAAUUUGUCGAAGAAAUUCUAA